CGUCGCUGCUCACGCAAGUUUGACCGGAUGGAGAGUGAUACCGAAACUGUGCGCUCUGGAUUUAGCCUGUAGUUGAAUGAUUAAUGGUCCCGUUUCAGAUGUGAUGGGAUGCGGCACUUCUAGAAUUAAGUGGUUGAAAAAAGUGUGUACGGGUCACCGUGGAGGCAUUAAUUGGGUAAGUCUGAGUCCUGACGGAAGAUACUUGCUUACGUGCAGCGAAGACAGAACCGCUCGCCUGUGGAGGACUACGGGACAACAGUGCUGUGUGUUUCAAGGACAUGAAAACUACAUUACCCAUGGUCACCUGGAGAACGAUGUGGCCUACACAUGUAGUGCUGAUCACACAGUACGGAAGUGGGACAUUGUGACAGGCAGGUGCACUCAAAUAUUCAGGGGCCAUACCUCCACUGUCAACAAGGUACUGGUCUCCAGAGGGUGGCUGUUCAGCGGGUCUUACGACCGCACGGCUCGCUGCUGGAGUCUGGACAGUGGCAGGCCGAUGCAGGAGUUUCGGGGACACCGGAACAGCGUGCUGGCCUUGGCACACUUCUCGUCCCAGGACCUGCUGCCCGAGGCCGAGUCGGACUGCGAGCAGAACAGGGACUUCCUGGUCACGGCCAGCUCCGACUGCACCGUGAAGCUGUGGCUGGUGUCAGAGGGCCGCUGCUACCAGACGCUGCGCGGGCACAAAGGGGCGGUCCUCUGCAUGGUUCUGGACACGCCCACCAAGACCCUGUUCACCGGCAGCACGGACCACACGGUGCGCUGCUGGGAUCUCACCACCGGAGGGCAGACGCGAGUUCUGCAGGACCACCAAGGGUCCGUUGUCUGCCUUGAGCUUGGGAGCAGACACUUGUACACGGGGAGUGCUGACCGCACGGUCAAGUGCUGGUUGACCGCAUCCGGGAAGUGCGUCCGCACACUGAUGGCACACAGACACACCGUCAGCGCCAUCAAGGCCCAUGAUGGAGUCUUGUUUACUGGAAGUGGAGACUCUUGUGCCAGGGCCUUUGACACUGAAUCUGGAGUCUUGAGAAGAGUCUUCAAGGGACACACAUUUAUCAUCAAUUGUUUACAGGUCCACAACCAUGUGCUGUACACUGUGUCCCACGACGGGACCAUGAGGAUAUGGGAUGUUCGAGGGUUGUACUGUGACACGCGAGCCAGCAGGGGGAGCCACUGCAGGGGCUCUGCCGGGAGCAGCCUUGCUCAAAUGCGCAACAACCGUGUUGGCUGUGCGCAGUCCCCAAACGAGCCCACUAGGGGGCGAAGCUCCCAGGAAGCGUGUGAGAGCAGAGAAAGGGAGGUGCUGGAGCUAAUCUGAUUCCCUUUACCCCUCCCAAAAAUGGCCAGUAAGGCCUUCUUUUCACACUAGCAGGCUUUCCCUCCGCCUGCCUCCAUCUUCACCUUGUGAAGGUUCCACUUGGUCCUGCCGUUACUGAGAGAGCGAAGAGAUUCAGGAAUUGCGUUUAGUACGACUGAGCUGAAAGGAACUUUGCCUCUACAGAAGGAAUCAAAAUGGAUGGAGAAGUUCAUGGAGUAGUUGUGGAUGGUCAGCAUUGGCCUGGUCUUGUCUGAACUUUCGUCAUGUCCUCUGUUUGAUGGGUUGAUGAGUGGGUAUGGUUGGAGUGAUGCGCUCAGAGGGAGGUCAAACAUUGUGUUUUGGUAGAUAUUGCAUGCUGCUGCGCGCUCUCCCGGAUAGAAAACUCACAGUAAAGCGAUGAAAUGGCCCUGUGGCCAUGCCUGGCCAUUCCACAGUGGGGAUAAGAAAAAUGAGCCCUAAAAGUUCCUUUAAAGGUACAACCAAAGCUCAAAGCCCAUUAACACCAGUAGAGCUUUAUGUAAAGGUAUGUGCAAUAGCUAGCCCGCUGCACCAAGAGAUUUGCCCUAGCUUCUAUCGAUCAUAUUAAUUAAAACUUCCCAUACAGCCGCGAGAAGGGCAAUCCGAUAGUGGUGUUACAUACAACUGUUUGACAGUCCACCUUAAUGUGGCUCUGAUUGAUCAGAGUUCAAGUGAUUAAAAUCCCUAAAGUGAUUUUGCUUGACCUCGUUUAGAAUGGUGAGAUCAAUAGAGACCUACCAUGCAAAGUAUUUAGAAUGUCACGGCAGAACAUGCGCAUUUAUAUCCUUUAAGCACCACGGGGACUUUCUGCUGUUGAUUCACAAUUACAGAAUAUGACUGUGUUUGACCACUCACUGUGCAGCUGGAUUUUGUAAGCCAUGUGUUUACCGUAGUCCCAUCUAUUGUGCUGUAAGUAAACGUGUUGUUUACUUACAGCACAAUGUAAGCAUUUUGCGUGAUUGAAUGUUGGUGAGUUGAGUCCUGAGCUGUGACUUGUUCUUGUGCAGUGUCAGGGGCAGUUCCUGGGCUGUCAUGUAGCUUAAACCAUACUUAACAACACACGAUACUGAAAAAAUUUACUGCUGAGGUAAAUAUUUACUGUACAGCUUUUAAUGAAAUGGGUCAGCUAAAAGCCAGCAGAUGGCCAAUGAGAAUUAAGUUUAACACUCCAGUUGUAUUUUAAUUUUUGAGUCACGAGGAGUGUCUGUGGCUUUCAGUGUUCAAAAAUGUUUCUUUAAGACUUCACAGAGGUCAAAGGUCACAACUGGACCGUGGUCCUGCAGGUGCCCAUGCUUGUGUUACCUCAUGCUCAUGUCAUGUAUAAAUCCCUGAAUCUGGGGCAUGGAGCUCAGUUAAUGAACUACCAAGUGGUGCAGAAAACAUGCGACACAAUGUUUGUUCAAUAGCCACUUUUCUUGAGGGAAAAAUCUUUCACUUUAUUUAACUGCACAGCUACAGUAGCUUAAUAACAUUUACUUUGGUGCUGUGAGCAUAGCAACCAAGACCAAAGUGUGGAGGAAAAAAAUUCAAACACACAAGAAUAAACUUUACAACACUGGA